AUGGGCCGUUCACUCGGAAGUAUUUUAAUUGAUGUAACACUUCUUAUCAGUUUGGUUGAAAAUAUUUGGGCAGAAAUUAUUCUGCGAAUCUUGGUUUUUUUCUUUUACCUUUAUACAGAACAUUUAGAACCAUUUGUAAGGCACAUAGAAAAGGAGGAAUUAUGGUUAUACAAAAAUCCUGAAACACCAAGUUAUGUUCCUAUUCACGUAUUAUGGGUGAUCGUGGUCGUUGUCCCACUAUCAGGAAUACUAAUUGCUUAUGUUUAUAGCCGCAACAAAAUGGAUGUUCUCCAAGCUCUGCUUGGUCUCACAUUGUCAGUCUUUCUCAGUGCAAGUUUGACUAAUAUCAUCAAAGUUAUUGUUGGCAGACCUCGUCCUGAUUUCUUUUGGCGAUGUUUUCCUAAUGGGGUUUAUGUUGAGAACAUGGAAUGUACUGGACAUCGUGAGAAAAUCAUAGAAGGUCGUAAGAGUUUUCCAAGUGGACAUUCUACAAUUGCUUUUUCUGGUUUAGGCUACACAACAUUCUACUUGCUUGGGAAACUCCAUUGUUUCAAUCAAAAUGGUCGGGGUUAUCUUUGGCGUUUACUUGUCAGUUUUGUACCUGUUUUUCUGGCUUUGAUUGUUGCCUUGUCACGUACAUGUGAUUAUCAUCAUCACUGGCAAGAUGUGACUAUUGGUUCUCUCCUGGGAUUGUCUGUAGCUUACUGUUGCUAUCGUCAGGCAUAUCCAGCUUUUAGCUGCUGUACAUCACAUUUGCCUUACUUUUGUAGCCAUUCCUCUGAUGAUACAAAUCAUGACAACAGAAUAUCAAACCUUAGCAGACCAUCAUCUACUCCUGUUAUUUUAACAUCUGCUCAGAAAUUUAGUGAAGACUCUUUUAAAUACGUUUGA